CACACUCCCCAUACCACACACACACUCACACUCACAUGCCAGACACAUUCAAGGCCUGGAUCGGGAGGGACGAGACGGCCGCCACGGGCGGGCUGACGUUCGGCGACAUUGAGCCCAAGGUGUUCGAGGCCGACGACGUGGACGUCGCAGUCGUCUACUCUGGUAUCUGCGGCACCGACGUCUCUGCCCUCGGUGGCGAGUUUGGCCCGAUCGCGCCGUUCGGCCCCCGUGUCGCAGGCCACGAGGUGGUCGGGCGCGUGAUCCGCAAGGGAUCGGCCGUGACCCACCUGUCCGUCGGCGACUUUGUCGGCGUUGGCGCGCAGGCCGACUGCUGUCGGCAGUGCAAGUGGUGUGUCGAGGAACGCGUCAACUACUGCACCAAGAUGACGGUCACGUACGGCGGCUCCAAGUACCAGCGCGGCGCGGCCAAGGCGGCCAAGCAGCAGAGCUAUGGCGGCUUCGCGAAGCACUGGCGCGGCAGCGCCAAGUUUGCCGUCAAGAUUCCCACAGGGCUGGACCCGGCGCUCGCUGCGCCGCUGUGCUGCGGCGGACUGACGGUGUAUGCGCCGCUGCGGCGAUGGGGGGCCGGCACGCAGCGCGCGCGCAACGUCGGCGUCGUGGGUAUCGGUGGCUUGGGCCACAUGGCCAUCUUGAUCGCCAAGGGAAUGGGCGCGCACGUCACCGCCAUCUCGCGCGGUACGAGUAAGCGCGACGACGCGUUCCGCCUCGGCGCGGACGCGUACAUUGCCACGAGCGAGAACACGCGCGCAGACUUCAAGCAGCACCGGAGGAGCCUCGACCUGAUCAUCUGCACCAUUAACCCCCCAGAGCUCCCGCUCAACGACUACCUCGGUCUGCUUGCGCCCGAGGGGCAGAUGGUCCUCGUUGGCGUCGUCCUGUCCCCAAUGGACUUGAUGUCGGGGUCGCUGAUUGCUAAUGCCACUGGCGUCUCCGGCUCCGUCAUCGGCACCCCCGAGGAACUCGGCGAGCUGUUCGCCCUCGCGGCCAGCGGCGGCGUCAAGCCCUGGAUCAACAAGGUGGACAUGGACGACAUCAACCAGGCGAUCCCGGCCGCCAAGGCCGGCAAGGCAAAGUACCGCUACGUGCUGGUGAACAAGGACAACGGGGGUGUGGUGUGAUGGGUGGGUCGAAGUGGGGAUGUAUGCCGUCUCUUGGACGCGUUCAUUCGGGCGGGCCUACAAAGGAUGACGGACAGGAUUACUUUCACAACGAGCCACGAGCUAGGGCCACAACUUGUCACACCGGCGCGCUUACUCUACUCCACCUUACCCUCCUCCGGCACCUCCUUGACCUCCCCCACACUGACAUCCACCGGAUGCCCCGCCUUGUCCUCCACGUCCG